GCAUUAUGGGUUUUGUCAGUUUUUUUUAAAUCCCCUCUCUGACUCUGACGUAAGCCUCUACACUGCAGCCCUGUUCAACAUUACAACAAUACAAAUCCCCUGUGAGCAGGUAGUCAGCAUGUUUGCCCACUUGUUGGCCCUAUAGCGUAGCAGGCUGGAUAUUGUAGUAAUUUACAAUUGAGUCGUGACCUCUCGCGUUCUUACAUCAUAACGAGGAAAACCACGUAUCCCAGCAUGACUUUCUUCAGCCAUUUAGUUACCCAAUGGAUGCUCGGUGCGCUUAUUCAGUGACCAAUCGGGGGGUAGCCUAAUCUUUUAAUUCUAAGAGUUAAAUACCACGAAAAACGUUUUAUCAGCGCAAUUUACAUCAAUUAGUUUAUUAGCCUAGUGUGGGAAGCGCUUGUGCGAUCUGUAAAGCUUCAUUUUGGUCAACAAGUGGUUGGCACGAUCAACAGAGACAGAUUCCAGGUUUUUGUCAGCACACAGGGGCAGCAGCUCGACAUGCUAUCGGGUAUGCGGGUCUGUGUGCCCUCCGCUGCAGCUCUAUUCGGCUCGUUGUGCCAUGGCUGUCGCAGCUGGGCACGUAGUUUGUCAUUCCGGGGUUUUAGUUGGUCGCCCCGAAAGAUCAGCCGGUGGAACAGUCAAGAUUCCAUUGACCUACCUCCUGCGGAGAACCCACGAAUUCUCAUCACAGGUGGCCUUGGACAGUUAGGUGUGGGGCUUGCAGAAAUCCUGAGGAAACAGUACGGAACAGAAAACGUUAUCCUAUCGGAUAUCAAGAAGCCUCCACCAGAAGUGUGCAGAAGUGGCCCGUUUGUGUAUGCUGACGUGUUGGACUUUAAGAACCUCAGAGAGUUGGUGGUGAAUAACCGCAUCACCUGGCUGGUGCAUUACAGCGCUCUACUCAGUGUUGUGGGAGAGGCAAAUGUGGCCCUGGCACGCAAGAUCAAUAUCACAGGGCUUCAUAAUGUGCUGGACCUGGCUCUGGAGAGCUGUUUACGUCUCUUUGUCCCCAGCACCAUCGGAGCCUUUGGCCCUUCUUCUCCCCGUGACCCUGCACCUGACCUGUGUGUCCAGAGGCCUCGCACCAUUUAUGGGGUGUCCAAAGUGCAUGGCGAACUGAUGGGGGAGUAUCUUCAUCACAAGUAUGGACUGGACUUCCGCUGCCUACGCUAUCCUGGCGUCAUCUCAGCUAACACACAGCCUGGGGGAGGAACAACAGACUAUGCUGUCCAGAUUUUUCACGAUGCCCUCAGCACGGGUCACCACGAGUGCUAUUUACGCGCUGACACGCGUCUGCCAAUGAUGCAUGUUGGUGACUGCCACCGUGCGACUGUGGAGUUCAUGCAGGCCCCAGAAUGCCAGCUGUCGCUGCGCACAUACAACAUCGAUGCCAUGAGCUUCACCCCUGAGGAAGUGGCCACGGAAAUCCGCAAGCACCUGCCCCACCUCAAGGUCACCUAUAACCCUGACUCUGUCCGCCAGACAAUUGCGGACAGCUGGCCGGUGAGGUUUGAUGACUCCAACGCACGGAGAGAUUGGGGCUGGAAGUCGACAUAUGGGCUUGAGGAGCUCGUCUCAGACAUGCUGAGCUCCAUCCGUGACAAGAGGACCAACGCCGGACUGCCAGUCAGCUAGCAGGUCCCGCCCACAGAGAGUGACUUACCAAUCACUAUUCCCUUAAGUCCGCUUCAGCCUGGGUCUGCCUAUCACAACAGACCCUCUUUCCUUAGCAUCAUCUCCAAACCAGGACUCUUCUGUAGAUCAGGAUAAUAUUACACCAAUAAACCAGGGACUAUUUUCAAACCUGUCAUCUUCAGCCAGAACCACUCAACUUUCCACAACAGUGGACAUUGACACCACAGAUACACACACACACACACACACACACCGCACCCUCUCAUAAUAGCAGCUUUACUCUUUUCAGGGAACCAUACUGUCAACCAUUCUCUUAUGUUGUGACUGUCUUCCGUUUCUGUUUUAAAUGUGAUAGAGAAUUUUAAUAUCAUAGCAGGUUUAACAUAGGCCUUACACGUCUGGGGGAAAUAGGCUUCAGGCAAAUUAUUUUACAUAUAGUUAGUCAUAACCCUACCUUCAGUUUCCAGUAUCUCAAGGGGUUUCAUUUACAUUUUACAUUUACAGUACGUCAUUUAGCAGACAGUCUUAUCCAGAGCGAUUUACAGUUAGUGCAUUCAUCUUAACAUAGCUAGGGGAGACAACCACAUAUCACAGUCAUAGUAAGUACAUUUUUCCUUAAUAAAGAAGUUAUCAGCAAAGUUAGUGCUAAAAGGAAAUGUUCCUCCUUGCCUGCUGUAUUAGGGUAGUAUAGAGGGCACAGUGAUUUCCUUCCUGGCCUGUUGCGUUAGGGUAAUAUAGAGGGAACAGUGAAAUGACACAGGAGCAGUGAGAGAUAUAGGGACAACUAUCAGAAGAAAUAUAAAAUCCACAAUGUUUACAAAAGGCCUGCCUUUACAACACAACUUCAGUACAUUUUCAAACAUCUCCACAUUUCUUUACAGUCAGUGUGAUUUUGGGUACCAAAUAAAUUCAGAAUUGAAGCCUUAUUUUUAAUUGACAACUAAUUAGAAAUAUAUUUGUGAGUAAUGAACAAAAUUGCAGUGUACUUUUGAUCAUAAAUUGAAUAAAUCUCUUAAUUUGCUCAUUCUGUUGUUUUGUUAUU